AUGUCUGCAAGCCCUUCGCCCUCUGCCGGUGGCGACACCAAGCAGUCUGACCAGAUCCAUUUCCGCUUCUGCCGCGAAUGUUCCAACCUGCUCUACCCGAAAGAGGACCGACACACCAACCAGCUCAUGUUUACCUGCCGAACCUGUCACGUCGGAGAGCCCGCCACUUCCUACUGUGUCUAUCAGAACAAGCUUAACAGCCAGGUCGGCGCCACCGCCGGUGUCACCCAGGAUGUUAGCUCUGAUCCCACGCUCCCCCGAGCCAACAAGCUGUGCCCCAGCUGCGGUGAAAACGAAGCGGUCUUCUUCCAGUCGCAACAACGUUCUGCGGAAACGGGAAUGAAACUCUACUAUGUCUGCUGCGCGUGCGGUAACGUGUUCAUGUGA